UUUAAAAGGACAAAAAUAAAUAUUGGGGGGGGGGGGGGGGGGUCAAGCCGAGCAGGGGAACCGUGCCAGCCGAGGCGUGCGGGCUGUUUUGAGUGUCACGAUGGGAUGUACAUUGAGCGCAGAGGAGAGAGCCGCCUUGGAGAGGAGCAAAGCGAUUGAGAAAAACCUCAAAGAGGAUGGCAUCAGCGCCGCCAAAGACGUGAAAUUACUCUUGCUGGGGGCUGGAGAAUCAGGCAAAAGCACCAUUGUGAAGCAGAUGAAGAUUAUUCAUGAAGAUGGUUUCUCUGGAGAAGACGUGAAGCAGUAUAAGCCUGUGGUCUAUAGCAACACUAUCCAAUCCCUGGCAGCUAUUGUCCGUGCCAUGGACACCUUGGGCAUUGAAUAUGGUGACAAGGAACGAAGGGCUGAUGCCAAGAUGGUGUGUGAUGUGGUAAGUCGGAUGGAAGACACAGAGCCCUUCUCUCCGGAGCUGCUCUCCGCCAUGAUGAGACUCUGGGCAGACUCUGGAAUACAGGAAUGUUUCAACCGUUCCCGAGAAUAUCAGCUUAAUGACUCUGCCAAAUACUACCUAGACAGCUUAGAUCGAAUUGGAGCUGGGGACUACCAGCCCACGGAGCAAGACAUCCUCCGAACCAGGGUCAAAACCACCGGCAUUGUAGAAACCCACUUCACAUUCAAAAACCUCCACUUCAGGCUGUUUGAUGUCGGGGGCCAGAGGUCUGAACGCAAGAAGUGGAUCCACUGCUUUGAGGACGUCACAGCAAUCAUCUUCUGUGUCGCGCUGAGCGGUUAUGACCAGGUGCUCCAUGAAGACGAAACCACGAACCGCAUGCACGAGUCCCUCAAGCUGUUUGACAGCAUCUGCAACAACAAGUGGUUCACAGACACGUCCAUCAUCCUCUUCCUGAACAAGAAGGACAUCUUUGAAGAGAAAAUCAAGACGUCUCCACUGACCAUCUGCUUUCCCGAAUACACAGGCCCCAAUUCCUUCACUGAAGCAGUGACCUACAUCCAGUCCCAGUACGAGAACAAGAACAAGUCAACCAACAAGGAGAUCUACACACAUAUCACUUGCGCCACCGACACCAAUAAUAUCCAAUUUGUUUUUGAUGCCGUGACGGAUGUCAUCAUCGCCAAUAACCUUCGUGGCUGUGGACUCUACUGA